AUGGCUAUGAACAUCAACAUGCCCAGCUCUCUGGAAGUCCACCUCGGAGAACAUGACACGACCCGGGUCGAGGGUACAGAGCAGCGGUUCUGGGUGUCCAAGGCCAUCCCCCACCCCUUCUACAACUCCCAGACCCUGGACAAUGACAUCAUGCUGAUCAAGCUGGCCCAGCCUGCCCAGUUCACCCAGUAUGUGCGCCCCAUCGCACUGCCCACCAGCUGCCCCCCGCCGGGCACCCAGUGCUUGGUGUCGGGUUGGGGCAAUCUGAUCACCAACGGGGUCCAGUACCCCCACACCCUGCAGUGCCUGGACCAGCCCAUUAUCGAUGACGACACCUGCCGCCGCGCCUACCCCUACUACUACACUGACAACAUGGUAUGUUCCGGAUUCAUGCAGGGCGGAGCCAGCAGCUGCCAGGGUGACUCGGGGGGCCCCCUGGUCUGUAACGGGCAGCUGCAGGGCGUGGUGUCCUGGGGGUACGACUGUGCCGAGCCUGGACACCCCAGUGUCUACGUGCGCGUGUGCCGCUACAACGACUGGAUCAGGGACGUCAUGGCGUACAACUGAGAGCUGGCGCCCGCCUCUCUCCGGCUGCGCCUCGCUGUCUGAAAUAAAGACGAUACACCGUG